GCCGCGGGGAGCGGAGCGGUGCCGGGCUCCGCGCACCGCGCUCCCCCCUGCCCCCGGUCCCCCUGCCCGGCCCGCCAUGGCGGCGGCCGUGGACGAGAGUACCCUGCCCUCUAUCUCUACUUUCGCCAACCUGUUGCUGGAGGAGCGGCCCGCCGACAUGCUCCACAGGAUGCUGCAGCAGGACGGCGCCGCGGCCGUGAAGCGGGAGGAGGAUGAUUUAGGCAAGUUCGUGGACUUGGACUUCAUCCUGGCGCACACCAGCAGCGGCGGGCAGGGGCCUCCCGGCCCCAACUACCCCCUUCCCGAGACCCCCGAGAGCUGUGGCACCACCUACGACAGCGACGGCUCCUACCCCACACCGGGCAAGUUCCGCCCUUACCCUGAGGGCCAGGGCCACAGCUACGUGGCUGAGCUGCUCACACCGGACCUGCCCGUCCACUGCGACCUGCAACGAAGGGAGUACACGGAGCUCCGGGUGCCCGGCGGACCCCCUCACCACCACCCACAUCAUCACCCGCCCCUGCACCCGGCCCUGACCCGCCCGCUGCCCCUGGACCCCUCGCAACCUUUCGGGCCCCGCAUCAAGAAGGAGCAGCCGGAGGAGCGCGCCUGCAUGCUGGGGCUGCCAGCCGCCGAGUACCUGGGACCGGGCGGCGGAGAGCAAAAGCCACGCGUGGCACCGGGUCCCGGGCCAGUGCCGGUGCCGCCCCUGCCUUACCCGGGCUUCGCCCAUGGCCGCCUGGGGCCCCCGGAGGAGCAGCUUACCGGCACAGACCCCCACCUUCUGGCUGACCUGCCACCCCACUACGCCGUGGCCCCGCACCGCUACGCUCCCCACUUCGCCCCCAGCCCGCCGCCGCCUCAAUUUCAUGGACACUUCAGUGUUUUCAGGGAGCCCCUGAAGGGGCCGGGCCCAGGCCGCGGGCUACCCGGGCUGCUGGUCACGCCGCCCAACUCCCCGGUGCUGGAGUACUUCCCGGCCGGGGCUCCCCCCGAGGACUGCAAGCCCAAGCGUGGCCGCCGCUCCUGGGCGCGUAAGCGGACGGCCACGCACAACUGUGAAUACCCGGGCUGCGGCAAGACCUACACCAAGAGCUCCCACCUCAAGGCGCACAUGCGGACCCACACGGGUGAGAAGCCCUACCACUGCACCUGAGGCUGUGGCUGGAAAUUUGCCCGCUCGACGAGGCUGACCCGCCAUUACCGCAAGCACACAGGGACCCGGCCCUUCCAAGGCCACCCCCUCUGCGAGCCUUUCUCCCGCUCCGACCACCUCGCCCUCCACAUGAGCGGCACAUGUGAGCGGCAGGCUGUGGCCGGACUCGGUGUCCCCAGAGCCAGCUCACGGUCUGUAAAUAGCGUCGGGCCGGGGAUAGCAGUGAGGAGCAGCCCGGCCGCCCAGCCCUCUCCGCUUGUAGUUGAUAACUAGUUUUCUCCUCUGCCCCUGCUGUGAGAGCUGGGCCCAGCCAAGCGUGGGGAAGGGCUGCUUUGGGGUGUAGAUGGGAGCAAAGCUGCAAGAAGUGUCUCCAACCCCUGUCCAGGCUCCACUGCUCAGCUUCCUAUGCUGGAGGACUCCCCCAGAACAGGCCCCUCUUUUGAGGGGCAGGGUGGGUGAGGAUGACUGGUGCAGCAGGAUCUGUCUCCAGAGUGUCCUGGCUUGUAUUUUGUAUCAGCUUAACCUUCCUCACCCUCCAAUUUGGCAUCCUCUGGCUCCAGGGACUGUGGAGACACUGGAUUCUGGCCCAGGUUUUUAACUGGAGACUUGGCAUCCACUGGGUGUGGUCACAGCAUGGAAGUGGGUUGCAGGUCUUCUCGGUUGUGGCGAUCAGAACAAACUUCCUGACCCAAAAGCCAGGAGGGAUGGACAAAGUGGGACCUGACCAUGGCUGGUGGCUAUAAAGGUUUGCAGAGGUUGGCAGGCAGUUGUCACCUUGCACAGGGCUCAGGGAUGCUCCUGUUUCCAGCUUGGAUCCUGCUGGGCAGUCCUGUCCUGGCUAUUCCCACAGUUUUCAGUUCAGGAGCCUAAAAUGGCUCUCCUGGCUCUUGUCUGCUUUCAUUUGUCUUGUUCUUCCCCUCAGGAUGACACCAGGUACUGCUGCAGCCUGCCUUCCCCUUGCUGCUUUUUAAAUUUAGUGUGUAAAGGACAGUAAGUCCAGCUAUGAAUGCCCAGGUUUCUGCUAUACUUGAAUCUUUCAUAGAGGGGUAAAAAAAAGAGAAAACUCAAUGGAAAAUGAGUCUUUAUGUGCAGCUUCUGCAAAGCAAGUUGUAAAUUAAACAAAGCAGUAAUAUAUUAAUGUUUCUGGUUUUUUAAUAUAUUUUUUCUUCCAGCUGGGAACACAGAUGAGUCUCGGCUUUGGGAAGUGCACUGUCCCGUCUGUGUAUAUUGUUAAUUAACAUUUCUCUGCUUGGGCACGUUAGGUCUCUUCGCACUCUGAAAUGUUACUUUUCUUUAUAUGCAAACUGUUGAAAUAUUGUGAUCUGCUGUAUAAUAAAUACAACAAGAUGUAAACAUGAAA